AUGAUGCGUGGGCAAUGUGCGCGCGAGGACGAAGAUGUUUUCGGCCCCGUGGUCCAAGGCUGCCUGGACAACUUCGAUUUCACAUUGCUGUUUGAGGAGACGAUCCUCUUUGUGGUUCCCGCUUCGUGUCUGAUUCUGCUGGCACUGGCAUGGCGCAUACCAGAGCUCAUUCGCGCCGAGGGCGUCGUGCGUGUAUCUAUCCUAGGCCUCUCCAAGUCUAUCAUUCACGCUCUUAUCUUUAUUUCUCAAGUCGUCUUCAUUGCCUUGGCCUGCACCAAUACCAUGGCCAACACGCGGGCAACGAUUCCAGUCACCGCCAUCGGACUCUUCGCCAUUGUCAUCAUGGGCGCUCUUUCGUACUUGGAACAUAGGAGAUCUCCUCGCCCUUCAUCCCUCCUCACGUUGUAUCUCCUUGUCGCUGCACCGACAAAUGCCGCUCGUUGCCGCACUCUUUGGAAUAUGCCAAGUUCGACUGGGGUCCUCACAGCCUUUAUCGUUACUACAAGCCUCAUGGGAAUUGCUCUCGUACUUGAAUUGGCACCCAAGGAUGCUCUCGUCCGAGAGGAAAUACGAAAACCUUCCCCCGAAGAGAAGCGUGGCAUAGUAGAGCGUUCGUUUCUUGCUUGGAUUGUACCCACUUUUGUCUACGGUUACAAGCACACAUUCACGCCUAAAACCUUGCCGCCGGUAGACCCUAGGUUGACUACGUGCGCACUGGACCAAACAGUUGUGAACGAUCUUGAUCAAACGUUGUUCGCCAGUCUUCUCAAGCUCCAUUGGAGAGAUCUACUUAGUCCUGUGUUACCACGCGCUUGUUACCUUGGUUUGACUCUAGCACAACCCUUCCUUGUCGAGACGUCCACGGCGUGGGUCUUAGACGCUCCGGAUUCUCAGCACUCCCAGACAAGGACAUCGCUGAUCGGUGCCUAUGUCUUGGUCUACCUUGGCUUGGCUGUUACAUACACUCUUUAUCGCCAGAAGACCGUACGAACUGCCACCGCGAUGCGAGCCAGUCUUACCGACUAUGUGUUCCAACGUCUUUCGCAUCUGGACUCUGCCAUGGAGCUGGCAGGUUCAGCCACGACCUUGGUGAGUGCGGAUAUCGAGCGCAUUCAGUUUGGAGUUCGUGAACUACACGAGAUCUGGGCCAACGUCAUUUCGGCCGCGAUAGCACUGUUUCUAAUCGAGCGCGCCAUUGGUGUUGCCAUGGUAGCCGCGCUUGGUGUUUCAUUUGUUAGUAUGGCUGCUGUGUUGCUUGUCGCAGUCAGUGGCAGCGAGGCUCAGAAACGCUGGUUCGAAGCUACUGAAGUCCGUGUCGCUCAGGUAGUCAAGAUCUUGGCCGAAUUCAAGAGUAUAAAAAUGAUGGGUUAUACAAAGGGGCUUCUCGACAGUCUUGGUGCAGCGAGGGUUUUCGAAGUGCAGCGUUCUCAAAAAUUUCGAGCGUUUUUGAUCAUGGUAGCUACGUUAUCCCAAGCCGCCGUUGCACUCGUCCCAGCCUUUGGAUUCGUCACGUUCAUAUUGUUGCACAGACACGGAGAUGCAAAAAUAUUGGACUCCAGUCGUGCAUUCGGGACAUUGACGCUCUUCAGCAUCCUGAGUUCCAGUGUAGGAAUCCUGGUCGAAGCAGUGUUUGAAGUAGUGUCAGCCAUUGGUUGCAUUUCGCGUAUACAAGGUGUGUGCACCAAGCACUACAGGUUGGACCCGCGUCAAAUAAACGGUUCGGCAAACUCUUCGCAGUCCAUGGUGGUCAUGAAAGACGCAAGCGCAAAGUACGAAAGCGAAAGCGAUGACAUUAUUAAGAAAGUCAACAUCGACAUCAAGCCUGGCUCGAUCAUCGAAGUCAAGGGCCCAGUGGCAUCAGGAAAGUCUACACUCUUGAAAAUGGUACUUGGCGAAGUGCGGUACUGCACAGGAGAGGUAGCUGUCGGUGACAACAUCAUCGGCUAUUGUGAUCAAAACCCCUGGUUGGACCAUGUAAGCAUCCGGGAUAAUAUUACAGGACCUGCACCAUUCGACCCAGAACGAUACGCCGACACCAUUCGCAUAUGUGCCUUGGACCUUGAUCUGAAAAACAUUCCUGGAGGGGACAGCAGCCUCUGUUUUGGAAAUGGAACCACUUUGAGCGGAGGCCAAAAGGCUCGCAUUUGUUUGGCUCGUGCUAUCUAUGCACGUCCGCGAAUCCUUGUCCUGGACGAUUGUCUAAGUGGAUUAGAUGCGAAUACAGAGCAUACCAUACUAGAGAAUCUCGUCGGCGCGCACGGUUUCCUUCGAAAGCAUUCCAUCACUACCUUCUUGGUCUCAGCUUCACGCAAACCUUUGCCCACCAACAUUGCAACACUUUCGCUCGGGCCCGACGGACCCCGGCUGACUGAGAACGAAUUGAAGCCAUUAGACGUUUCAGUACCAAACAAUUCGGAGAGUUAUCAUUUCAUGAAUACUUCGGCGCUUAGUGCAGACGAGGCUGCAAAAGAAGAACGACUAUUGUUGGAAGAGAAAAGUAGGAGCACUGAGAAAUAUCAAAGGGGCGGCGAACGAGCUCUCUAUGCUAUGUUCAUCCGAGUCGCUGGAAGACGGGGUCUGAUAGGCUUCGUCUUCCUACUCUCCAUAUUUGUGGUCGGGAUUACUUAUCCGCAGAUUUAUAUCCAGAGCUGGGUGUUGAAGAGUCCGCAACAACAACGUGACAGCAUUGGCACUGUCACGGCCGUCUACUUAGGUUUGAGCUUUUUGGCCUUGUGCGCGUUUUCAGCAGCCUGCACGCAUUUCACACUAGGCGUCGCACCACGCAUUUCUCUCUCAUUUCAUGGGUCGUUAGCCAGUGCGCUUCUUUAUGCUCCACUUUCUUUUCUCGCUACAACUGACAUGGGCUCCAUAACCAAUAGAUUCGCUCAAGAUCUUGCCGUCAUAGAUCAAGAGAUUCCUUUGGCAUUUAUCGGUACGAUACUCACAGUCUUGCAGCUGCUUGCUCAAUCCGUCACUCUCAUCAUCGGAUCGCACCUUUCUGGAAUCGCAGUUCCGUUCCUCCUGAUUUUGGUAUAUUGGAUCCAGUCCAUGUAUUUGCCGACGUCUUAUCAAUUGCGCUUGUUGGAUCUUGAGGCCAAGGCCCCCAUCGUAUCACUGUUUGUUAGGUCUAUUGAAGGCCUUGCAACUGUACGGACUUUUGGAUGGAUGAACCGUACGCAGAAGGAAUCAAAACAACACAUCAUUGCGUCCCAAACGCCGUUCUAUCUUCUGGCAACCGUACAGAUCAUGCUUGGUCUUGUUCUCGAUCUCGUGACCGCAGCAAUGGCAGUUAUUAUUAUCUCUGUCUCAGUUUACACGCGCGAGCCACGCAUUGGUUUAGCGUUGUUCAGCAUAGUGGGACUUGGGAGUUCUACCAAGCUCUUAAUCACGCAAUGGACAGAGCUGGAAACAUCUUUCGGUGCUAUGAGACGCAUUAAGGAGUUCUCUGAAAACACCCCUCGCGAGAUUGCGUCGUACAGGAGCUUACGGCCACCCCGAACUUGGCCGGACAAAGGCGAAGUCCAGUUUUCUGAUGUUUCGCUUUCAUAUAGUGACUCUAUGCCUCCUGUCAUACAGAAUUUGACACUCAAGAUCGAGCCAGGAUGGAAGGUUGGAAUCUGUGGGCGCACAGGCAGUGGGAAAAGCACACUCGUCGCCUCUAUCCUUGGUCUUGUUAAUAUCCAGAAAGGCACCGUCGUCAUAGACGGCAUAGAUGUCUCAUUCCUCGAGUCAGACUCGUUGCGUUCGAGCGUGACAGUGGUUCCACAGAAUGGCGUAUUACUGCGCGCAACUGUCCGGAAGAAUCUGGCUCUAGGUUCUCCAGAUCCCCCUACUGACGAAAAGAUGAUCGAGGUCCUGACAAAGUAUGGCCUAUACGACAGGUUCAAGGAGCGUGAGGGUCUCGACACUCUUGUUGUUGACGAUAUUCUUUCCUACGGGGAGCAGCAAAUCUUCUUUAUCGUUCGAGCACUGCUUCAGAAGACCCGUUUGGUUUUGCUUGAUGAACCCACAAGCAGGGCCGAUAGCAGCACUCAGCAAGUCAUAGACUCUGCUGUUCUGAAUGGCUUCGAGGGUUCGACGGUGCUCUAUAUCGCGCAUCGUCUCGAGAUCCUUGCACAAUUUGACUGUGUCAUCGUCAUGGACCAGGGUCGGAUCGCCGAAUUUGGCGACCCACGUGAAUUAUUGCAAAAUCCUGACUCACAUUUUGCCAGUACAUUCAAAAAGGCGCAAUCGCAGAUAAGCAGCCUCAAUGCAUCGUGA